AAAAAUGAACUCGUAUUUGGAAUCUAAUCCUCAAAGUUUCGUGAAUGAUGAUAAUAGUACUUCUCAGACUCAUGCGUAUGAUUAUAACAAUCAAUGAGAUGACUCUGAUCUCAUAGCUGCUCAGGAGAGCAUCCAAUUGGCUACGAUAAUAUUGGUAAAUUUCGAAUUCCAUACAAAAUUUGGAAUGACUGACGUCAAGAUUACAAAACAAGCAGAAAAGGGUUACAAAGGAAUAUUAGGGUUGUACAACAAAAAAGUUCAGAAGAUCUCACAAGAAAUAGAUGCAGCCUUUUGCAACCCUUGCAAAGAGGAAUUUGAAAAUUUAAAGAAAGAAGCUCAUAACUUGCUGAAAUCCCUCGAAGCUGAACCUCUGGUGGUCCAAUCAAUGUUAAGCCAAGCCAAGAGUCAGAUAUACUCUCGCUUGCUCCAAACUACAGACAUCGAACAGCAGAAGGAAAGAUUUGCCUAUGAAUGUUCCCAACAGAAAGAGCAAGUUACUGAAGUAGCUAGAAGAUUGAAACUCGACCCAAAGGAUAUGCUGCAACCAGCCGAAUGGAUGAUCAAAGAAGCCUCUCCGGCCUUUUCUAAAAAGACAGAAUCCACUCGUGCUUCAGAGGAAGAAAAUAAAGAAGAAACCUUCUUCUACAACCACUCCUCUACCCAAUCAGACGGACCUCUCACUGAACACGACACUACCUCCAAUGACCUCGACUUUUCAUUCCCAUCGACCGUUCCGCCUUCUCUCAACUCCUCUAUAUCUAUCCCUCCUACAGAUCUCUCUGUAUUCCACCCUAAUUCCUCUCCUAAGAAAGCCGCCAGCCAGCCUGCUGGCGACAAGAAGGAGACAACAGAAGUCGACCCGAGAGAUAAGGAACAAGAUGUACAUGAACUGAAGGUCGGCAUAGUGAAGAGCUACAGUGUAACAGAGGAAGAGAAGGAACAGAUCUUCUGGCUUAUGGAGAAAUGAGAGAAGAGGGUAGGAGCACUAAGGUUAGACAAUGUGCCGGUGGAUAGUGGGCUAGUGAAGGGAUUUUUGAGGGAAAGGUUUCCAGAAUAUGUACGAGGACUGUACUUUAACGAUAAUUCAGGCUCUUUGAAAUCUAUUGAGGAGUACAUUAACGAACUCUUAUACGUCAGUACCAAAGUUAAGCACAGAAUAUUUGUCUACAACUAUAUAAUCAAUCAGGAGAACUUUAAAAAUAUCCUGUCUGAAAACAGGCAUAAAGAAAGGAUUGGGUUUCCAUUCUGUAAAAUAGAUUGCUCAACAGUCCCUGAUCUCAAAGAUGCUCUUGAAGGGACCAUAAUUGAGCAAAUCUCAUUUAAAGGUUGUGGUAUAUCAGCUAGAUGUAAUUGGGGGAGAAAUCCUCAUCACUUUAUUAACCUAAUCCAGGGACUAGCAUCUUCUAAAGACUUAAAAGAUUCUUUACAUACUAUCUGGUUGCCUAUGUCAUUUCUAUCCUUUGGAAUAGUAAGAGAGACUCUUAACAACAAUGGAUUUGGCAAGGUCAAGAUUGGGGAGAACUCUCUAUAAUUCUUGGCUAAAAUCAAUUCAAAUUGAUAAAAUUCUUGAAAAA